UGCGCAGUCGCAGAGCACCGCAGCCUGGACCGCUAGCCCAGGCGCUGCGCAUUUGCCAGCCAGUCCGCCCGUCCGGAGCCCGGCUCGCUGGGGCAGCAUGGCGGGGUCGCCACUGCUCGGCGGGCCGCGGGCCGGGGGCGUCGGUCUUCUGGUUCUGCUGCUGCUGGGCUUACUUCGGCCGCCCGCCGCUCUCUGCGCACGGCCAGUAAAGGAGCCCCGCGGCCUGGGCGCAGCCUCGGCGCCCUUGGGUGAGGCCGGGGUCCCCAGGCGCUUCAGGCGGGCAGCGGCUCGGGGCGAGGCGGCGGAGGCCGUGCAGGAGCUGGCACGGGCGCUGGCGCACCUGCUGGAGGCCGAACGGCAGGAGCGGGCGCGGGCCGAGGCGCAGGAGGCCGAGGACCAGCAGGCGCGCGUCCUGGCGCAGCUGCUGCGCGUCUGGGGCGCUCCCCGCACCACCGACCCGGCCCCGGGCCUGGAGGACGAUCCGGACGCGCCCGCCGCGCAGCUGGCCCGCGCCCUGCUCCGCGCGCGCCUGGACCCCGCCGCCCUCGCCGCCCAGCUGGUCCCCGCCCCUGUCCCUGCCGCGGCACUCCGACCCCGGCCCCCAAUCUACGAUGAUGGCCCCGCGGGCCCCGAGGCGGAGGACGCCGGGGACGACACGUCUGAUGUGGACCCCGAGCUGCUGAGGUACUUGCUGGGGCGGAUCCUCACAGGAAGCGCGGAUUCCGAUGUUGGGGCUGCCCAACGCCGCCGCCUCCGCCGCGCCGCGGCGGACCAGGACCUGGGCCCUGAUGUGCCGCCUGAUGGGGUGCUGGGGGCCCUCCUGCGCGUGAAGCGCCUGGAGACCCCCGCGCCCCAGGCGCGCCGCCUCUUGCCGCCCUGAGCACCGCCGGGAUCCUGCUCGCCCUCGGGUCCAGGGCCACCCCUCACCCCGCCCCUUACACCCCAACUCCUCAAAGGCAUGACUGCUCCCCCGCCGGCGAGGGCCCUUAGCCGCCCCUCCCCCGACACCCCGACUGCUGCCCACUCCUCCCCCAACACCCCCCAUGGUUUCCUGGCCGCUGGCUGGGCCGCCCCUCCCCCGACACCCGCAGGUCCCCACCAGCCGUAGUUACUGCCCUCAGAACGCCCCAAGAUCGCCACCCCUGAUCCCCCAAUAAAUAAGAUCUAAAGCA